GUCAGCUGUUCCUCAGCUGAUCGGAAGUGCAAUCGAUAGCUGCUUGUUUGCUCAAAACUGUCACGAAAAGCCAUGGCUGAGGCCAUAGCAGACACGAGAAGGCUUUACACUAAACCACAAAACCUGAACGACGCGUAUGGGCCACCGAGUAACUUUCUAGAGAUUGAUGUUUCCAACCCCGAGACGGUUGGCGUCGGUCGGAACAGGUUUACGACAUACGAGAUCAGACUGAAGACAAACCUCCCUAUCUUCAAGCUGAAGGAGUCACGUGUCCGGAGGAGGUACAGCGACUUUGAGUGGCUGAGAGGAGAGCUGGAGAGAGAAAGCAAGGUGGUAGUUCCUCCUCUUCCUGGAAAGGCUCUGUUCAGGCAGCUCCCAUUUCGUGGGGAUGAUGGUAUAUUUGACGACUCUUUUAUCGAAGAACGGCGGCAAGGCCUAGAACAGUUCCUCAACAAAGUGGCUGGUCAUCCAUUGGCCCAAAAUGAGCGAUGCCUGCACAUGUUUCUACAGGAGGAGUCAGUGGAUAAAAACUACACCCCUUCCAAAAUUAGACAAGCCUGAACCGGUCUGGACUGUAUACACACACACACACACAAAACAUGGCCCACAAGCAAUAAGAAAGGUUUGAAUCAUUCUUAACAGCAACAGAAUCUUAGCAUGAACCAUAGGGUGUCCAAAACAUUUACAAAAUAAUUGAAAAUGUUCUUUAGCGUUAGUUGUGUCCCUUCACUUCUCCGAAAGUACUCUUUUGAUCUCUGCUUAUAGCUUGUUUCAGUCUUUUUGUUCUCAUUUAUAAAUCUAUAAUGUUAAUAUUACCACUUUAAGUCUGAUCAAAUACAUUCUUAUGUGUUAUUCAUUGUGGUUAAAAUUAUUUACGGUAGUUUUAUCUGAGAGCACCACUAACUACGAUUAGUACAAGAUCAAUGAAACGAACCAAAUAACUAUAUCACAAUUAUGCAAGCACUAUAUUAUCACACACAUCGGCUUCCCUGUGUUAUUGCUACUACCUGCUUGUGUUGCUUUUAAUGCUGAAGAACACGUACAGCAGCUCACCGUGCAGGAUGCACUUAAUUGGGAACCUCCUUGAUACAUGGUGGUUUAUCGUGUGCUGUGUGUCCCACUUAGCUGCAGACAAGCCAGUUUUUACUGUGUAAUGGCAGUACACAGAAACACAGAGAGUGCUGCCUACAAUGCAUGUUUCCAGAUUUGUAUACUGCUGUGCCAUUGCUUUGUUUAUGAGAAUUUUCCAAUAAAAUGGAUCAAACACA